AGCGCCUGCCCGCAGCCCGGCCCAGAACCAGCGAGGGUCCGCUCGCGCCCCGCCGGCAUGAACCGCAAGAAGCUGCAGAAGCUGACGGACACCCUGACUAAAAACUGCAAGAACUUUAAUAAAUUUGAAGUGAAAUGUCUUAUAGAUCUUUUUUAUAAUUUGGUGGGAGAAGUAACAGAGCGGCAAGGUAUCACCAUUGGACUAGAUCGCAAUGCAUUUCGAAACAUCCUGCACAUGACAUUUGGAAUGACAGACGAUAUGAUUAUGGACAGAGUAUUCCGAGGUUUUGAUGAGGACAACGAUGGUUAUGUAAACGUAUCAGAGUGGAUUUAUGGAUUAUCAGUAUUUCUUCGAGGAACUUUGGAAGAAAAAAUGAAAUAUUGCUUUGAAGUGUUUGAUUUGAAUGGUGAUGGAUUCAUUUCAAAGGAAGAAAUGUUCCAUAUGUUGAAGAACAGCCUUCUCAAACAGCCAUCUGAAGAAGACCCUGAUGAAGGAAUUAAAGAUUUGGUUGAAAUAACACUUAAAAAAAUGGACCAUGACCAUGAUGGGAAGCUGUCUUUCACAGACUAUGAACAGGCUGUGAGAGAAGAGACCCUUCUACUGGAAGCUUUUGGACCAUGUCUACCUGAUCCAAAGAGUCAGAUGGAAUUUGAAGCCCAAGUAUUCAAAGAUCCAAAUGAAUUCAAUGAUAUAUGAAUACCUAAAUGUCUGUGUUGUCUCGAGUGAGUAAAAAAGGAGGUGCAUGUGUAUUGUUUAUUUUUUCUACUUAGCUCAGAAAGAUAACGUUGAAUUGUGUGUUUGGGGUGGGGGAUGGAGCUCACCAACAAGUAUCAUUCAACUUUGGUGCAAGAUGCAAGCAAAAUAAAUAGACAACAAGAAGUCCCUUAUUAAAUGUUGGGUUUGGCAAAGACAAGUUAGCAUUGCCAGAUAUUUUAUCAUAUAGACUAUGUUAAAGCAUAAAACUAUCAUGAAAAAAUAACUA